CGGCUCAUUUCGACGUUAGAGUCGAACGGUGGUACAUAACUCGACAGCUGAUCUCUCGGAGUGUUGGUGGUGCGUCUUUUAGAUCGGCCUCUCCUUGCGUCCCUUUUUUUCUCUCUUUCUUUUUCUUUCUUUCUUUCUUUCUCUCUUUCUCUCUCUCCUUCUGUCUGUCUCUCUCUCUCUCUCUCUCUCUCUCGCUUUUUCUCUAUUUCUUAUCCCUGAUUAUUAAACUCUACCGUCAUAAACAAUCUUGCGUCAAAAUAUUAAGUGUGCUUCCUGUGUACUUGAACCGAUAAGCCCACGCAAGUCCGGUGUGGGGCUUUUAUUUUUUACCUGGGUGGUUAAAAAAAAAAAAAAAAAAGAAAAAGAAAGAGAAAAGAAAGAAAUGAGAGAUUAAAAAAGGAAAAAAAAAAACAAAAAAAAAAAACAAAAAACGAAAAGAAACAAAAAGAAAAAAAAAAGCAGAAGAAGAGGAUUAGAAAAGUGGGCGAAAAAAAAGUGUCAUGAAUCGUCGGGUGCGUUAUCGGUAACGGAGAAACAAAAGGAUCUUUUGUUAAGAAGGCAUCCACGAUCCACUAUAGUGAUAGUUCGAAUUUAAGUGUACCUUCGAGAAUCGCUGCUUUAUCCGUUUCUUCUUUUUUUUCUUCUCUUUUUCUUUCUUUUUUUUUUUUUUUUUUUCUUUCCUUUUCUGUUCCCUUCUUUUUUUCUUUCUUUUUUGUUUGUUUGUUUGUUUGUUUGUUUGUUCCGUGAAAAAGAAGAAAAUAAAAUAAAUAAAUAACGGGAGGAUUUCUACUGCGUCGAUAGGGGAUUAUCCAAAUAAAAAGGAACAACCCGAGGAUGCUUCGAGUUUUCUUCAGUGGGUUAUGAAUUCGGAUAUUACGGAGAAACACCAAACCCAUCAGCAUCAGCUCGUCGUUCUAAGAAACAUUGGAUUAUGGCAGAUUUGAAGAAUCUCAGUUUGAGUGGGGGAGGUGGAUCGAGAUAUAAUGGCGACGAGCAGGUACAAUUUAUUGCCGGUGGAAGUCAUCAAGUGACAAUCAGAUCACCACCGCCAUCUUUACAUUUGGAGAACCUCAAUAAUGCGGUCCUGGGAGGCUCACAGAACAAUCUUCAGUGCAGUUGCAACGGUGUCACGUCAAACGGGUCCGCAGGCACAGCUUGUACGGGAGGAGUGCUUGCAAGGAAAGUUCCAAAUCAUAGCGGCGCCAGUCCUGGGCAAGGAAACAAAAGGCCGGCUGUUUCACUGACGCAUCUACCAAAAAGGCCACCGGUCGACAUCGAGUUUAAAAAUCUCGCCUACAGCGUUUCCGAGGGCAGAAAACGAGGUUACAAGACGAUCUUAAAAUGUGUAAACGGAAAAUUCAGAUCCGGCGAAUUGACGGCCAUAAUGGGUCCUUCGGGUGCCGGAAAGAGUACACUGAUGAACGUUUUGGCUGGUUACAAAACGUCUCAUCUGAGCGGAUCGGUAUUAAUAAAUGGAAAGGAUAGAAAUCUUCGAAGAUUUCGAAAGAUGUCCUGUUAUAUUAUGCAGGAUGAUCGAUUGCUUCCACAUUUGACUGUUCACGAGGCCAUGACAGUGUCUGCGAAUUUAAAAUUAGGCAAAGACAUUAGUGCAACGGCAAAAAAAGUUGUGAUCGAAGAAAUUAUCGAGACUCUUGGAUUAAGCGACGCCAGCAAUACUCAAACUCAUAAUCUUAGUGGCGGACAAAGAAAGAGACUGUCAAUUGCUUUGGAGCUCGUCAAUAACCCUCCGGUUAUGUUCUUUGAUGAGCCCACUUCUGGCUUAGACAGCUCCUCCUGCUUCCAAUGUUUGAAUCUACUCAAAUCCUUGAGUCGAGGAGGAAGAACUAUCAUAUGCACGAUACAUCAGCCUAGUGCAAGGCUAUUCGAGAUGUUCGAUCAUUUGUAUUUACUAGCCGAAGGGCAAUGUAUAUAUCAAGGCAAUGUAGGCGGUCUCGUACCAUUUUUAUCAUCGAUGGGUCUCGAUUGUCCAAGUUAUCACAAUCCUGCAGAUUACGUUAUGGAAGUUGCAUGCGGGGAACACGGUGAGUGCGUUCACAAAUUAGUAAUGGCUGUGAAUAAUGGCAAAUGCAACAAUUAUCAACAUCAUCAAGCUGCGAUAGCGGCAAGUCAAACGGUUUCGAAUGAUAUUGCUAAGCAAUCACCUACUCAAGAACAAACCAAACCAGAAGCUGGUAGCUUGAUACCAAAUGGUGUUGCAAAACCAGCUGCCGAUGGUACGGUCAUCAAUAUGCCAAUUUCUUGCACGACUUCUUUGCUCGACAGUGCCGAAAGUAUAGAGCAAAAAGUUGGCUUCCCGACCAAUGGAUGGGUGCAGUUUUGGAUUCUCCUUAAGAGAACCUUCCUUUCGCAGUUAAGAGACAUGACAUUAACGAGAACAAGGCUGAUUUCUCACAUAAUCGUUGGUUUUCUCAUCGGUGCUAUUUAUUAUGACAUCGGUAACGAGGCCUCGAAAGUUAUGAGUAAUGCCGGAUGCGUCUUUUUCACGGUGAUGUUUCUUAUGUUCACUGCUAUGAUGCCUACCAUACUCACAUUUCCCACAGAGAUGGCAGUGUUCGUGAGAGAACAUUUAAAUUAUUGGUACUCAUUAAAAGCUUUCUAUUUUGCUAGAACUCUAGCCGACUUGCCCUUUCAGAUAAUCUAUUCCAUAGCUUAUGUUAUGAUAGUCUACUUUAUGACUUCGCAACCAUUAGAGACUGAAAGGUUUCUCAUGUAUCUAAAUAUAUGCGUAUUAACAUCAUUGGUAUCACAAUCCAUCGGUUUGUUAAUAGGUGCUGCAAUGAGCGUCGAGAGUGGGGUUUUUAUCGGUCCGGUAUCAUCGGUUCCGAUCGUCCUAUUCUCCGGUUUCUUCGUUAACUUUAAUGCGAUACCAUCAUAUCUAAGGUUCCUUUCUUAUGUGAGUUACGUCAGAUAUGGCUUCGAAGGUGCCAUGAUAUCAGUUUAUGGUUACAAUCGUGCUAAGCUAAAGUGUUCUGAUGCAUACUGCCAUUUCAAGAGCCCGACAAAAUUUCUAGAGGAGAUGUCGAUGGAGAACACCGUUUAUUGGGUAGACGUUGUAGCCCUUGUUGGCUUCUUACUCGGUCUAAGAGUCGUCGCCUAUUUCGUCUUAAGGCUGAAACUUCGAUCUCUUCGUUGAAAUCGAUUAGACGACGUCGAUGCUCCGAUGGCAGACAAUAACAUGAAAGAACAAAGAAAAUAAAAAGAGAAAGAGAAAGAGAAACGAAAGCACGAACAUAUUCAAAGGGAUGAUUCUUCGUGGCCCAAGAAAAUUUUGCCUGACUUUUUUCAGAAAGAGAAAAGAAAAAGUAAAAAAAAAGAAAAAAAAAAAAAAAAGAAAAAGUAAAAAAAAAAAAGAAAACAAAACAAAUACAAAAAAAAGAGAGAGAGAGAGAGAGAGAGAAGAGAAAAAGAAGUAAGCUCCUUCGACGCGUUUUUACUUCCAUCGGAGAAGAGCUUCGAUCGAGACUGGAUCGGAUUUUCCAAUGCCAGACACUUUUUUGACAUAAGCUAUCCAAUGAUAUUGUCAUUAGCAUUUUUAUAAUAAGAGAAAGAGAUCUCCCACAAUGUUUCUGACGUUGGAAAAUGAAUUAUGGAAGUAAGCGAUAAAAAAGAGAGAGAGAGAGAGAGAGAGAGAGAGAGAGAGAGAGAGAGAGAGAGAGAGAGAGAGAGA